ACCCAACAAUUCAUGGAGUCCCAAAAGCCCUCGAUUCAAUCUCUCGUCAAUGCGAUCAAGAAAGAGAUACUCCCCAACAUGGGCUCACGCUCAUUCCUCUCCCCUUCACCAUAUGACACCGCAUGGUUGGCGAUGAUUCCCGAUCGUCGCCAACAUGAUCGUCCCAUGUUCGAGGGGUGUCUGAAUUGGGUGCUCCACAAUCAGAAUGAAGAAGGGUUUUGGGGAGAUUAUGAUCAUGACGAGCAUCAAAUGUCUGACGGAGUGGAGUGUCUUGCUUCAACUCUUAUUUGCAUGACCGUGCUAAAAACGUGGCAUGUUGGUUCAACUUUGAUAGAGAAAGGAUUAAAGUUCAUUCAUGAAAAUGCGGAAUUGCUUCUUUCAAGAAACAAGCCUAGAAAGUUUCCACGUUGGAUCACUAUCAUCAUGCCCGGAAUGGUUGAUUUGGCACGUGAUGUUGGUUUGGAGGUUAUAUUCCCCGAAAGCACAGAACGAGCCAUUUUAGAUUUAUUCAGCAGUAGACAACGAAUUCUCGAAAGGCAAUUCUAUUUCUUUCCUUCUUUAUUGGUCGAAAAUUAUCAUAUGUUUUUUUUUUCAAGUUGACCUAA